GUUUGCUUCGGUUUCCUGUCAGCAGCCACAGUCCGGUGUGGAGGAUGAGCUCAGGCAAUGGGACCAGGAGGAAAGUUGGCAAGCUGCAGCAUUUCAACAGCAUGGUGGCAUCUGCCCCUGAAACACUGACCGAGGUUCAAGGUCUUUUUAGUAAAGUUCGAACCUAUGCGAAACCGUCCAAUGGGGAGUGGAGCAUCCCCGAUCCAAAUGUUGCUCUCAGACACCAAGGGGAGGAGCACUGCCGGCUGCAGGCCCUGAAGGUGUCCCUCAACGCUGUAAAGAACCAGCUCAGUGACAAGAAUGUCCAGGUCUGGCAUCAGCACACCAACUUCACCAAUCGAGCAGGAAAGGUGAUCGCCACCGUGCGGUCUGCUGCCAACGCAGAGGUCUGCACUCAGGCCUGGUGCAAGUUCUACGAGAUCCUGGGAACCUUUAAUCCUCUUCCAGGUGAAGCUCUUCAAAGUGGAGAGCUGAACACGGUCCACCUGUGUGAAGCUCCAGGUGCCUUUAUAACCGCUCUGAACCACUAUAUCAAAACCAGCGAGUCCACGCGCUACUGUGACUGGAGCUGGGCGGCCAACACUCUCAACCCGUACCAUGAGGCUAAUGGGGGGAGCACGACCAUCGCAGAUGACCGGUUGAUCGCUAACACGCUGCCCUGGUGGUUCUUUGGCUCAGAUAACACAGGCAACAUCAUGAUCCAGAAACACUUGCUGGAGCUGCAGGUGUUUGUGUCCAACAUGCGUAGAGUUGAUAUGGUGACAGCAGAUGGUAGUUUUGACUGCCAGGAGAACCCGGAUGAGCAGGAGGCGUUGGUGGCGUCACUGCAUUGCUGCGAGGCCACAGCUGCGCUCCUGCUCCUGAGCCCCGGUGGCUCCUUUGUGCUGAAAAUGUUCACCUUGUAUGAACACUCCUCUGUCUGCUUACUCUACCUGCUGAACUGCUGUUUCCACUCCGUCAACGUCUUCAAACCCGCUACCAGCAAGGCAGGCAACUCGGAGGUUUACGUUGUGUGUCUGAACUAUGACGGCAAGGAAGCUGUGAGGCCUCUGCUGUCGAAACUCAUUCGUAAUUAUGGACCGCACCUGGCUGACCGAGAGGCACUUUUCCCCAAUGCAAUUAUCCCAGAGUCGUUUCUGAAACAGCACGAAGAAGUGUGCUCUUACUUCCACAGGCUGCAGGUGGACACUAUCACAGAAAACCUGCGAUUGUUUGAAGGUAUGAGCACAGAGCAGAGGCAGCGGCUCGACCACAUCAGGGACUGUGCGGCUCACGAGUACCUGCAGCGAUUCCAGGUGAGCUUCCUUCCACGGAGCCGAUGGAUUUCCCGUAACACAGUGAGUCCCGCCUGCUGCAGCGUCUCGGCGGGCCGACCUCUGGGACAGAAGAAGCAAACAGGCUCCUUUAAUGAGCGGAGGGAGCUGCAGACCCUGUCCUGGAGGGAGCGCAUCGAGAGGGGUUACUAUGCCACCUGGAUACAGAGACACUGCACCGAGGCCGGUGGGACAGGCUGCUUGCUGGAAGGGCCCUUGUCCGAGCGUCAUGUGGAUUCGUGGUAUGUUCUCAUCGGGGCUGCGCUCCCUGCUCUCAGAAACUCUCCGUUCUGCGAAGGAGGACUGUUAAACCACCUGAAUGAAGCCCUGAUGGACACAGAAGUAGACUGGACUCGUGUACCUCCCUGUGACUCUUGCCGUGUGGUUUGUGCAGCCUCCAUCUUGUCCAGCAUCACAGGUAUUUGCGCCUUCAAAGGCAACAGUGAUGGGAACAAAGAAAAGAGACAGUGUCUGGUGUUUGGCAGCCGCUCAGUGUGGGGUGCUUGUGAGAGCCAAUUUGGGGAUUUAGUCUUAACGUUUUCUGCAGAGCCUUCAUUUGCUCAAAGGGGCUGCAUCACGCUGCACGACGGGGAGCCGCUGUACCAGCAGGAGCUCUUAGGUUGUGUUGUGUUUUCCCUGCAGACCCUGAGCUCGGGGGAUGCCCUGCUGCUGCCUGUGUUUUCUGCCCUCACCCGUGUCACAGCAGCUCUUGUACUCUGCCUGCAUGUGUGUUUUCGCUCAGUCACGUUUAGGUGUCCGCCCCCCUCCGGCGCAGUCGGGACGGUGCUUGUGUGUGUCGGUUUCUGCCCUGAAGCUGCUGCUCGGAUACUCCCUCUUCUCACCGACGUCCACCACUGCAUGAGUCAGCUGUUGCGGGGGGAGGAGGGUAAGAGUCAGUCUUGUGGCAGUGACAGACAGGUGCUGCAGUUUGUUCCCAUGGAGGAACUGCUCACUGGAGGACUGACUGAGUUCCUGUGGACCAUGAACUCUGAAAUCAUCCAACAGAAGCUGCAUCUGCUCAUGCAAACAUAGUGCAGGUUAUUGAGCUGUGGCUCUCAUUUUGUUACAGUCUGUUUUAUUCUUGUUGAAGCAGCAGCUGCAACUGCAUGAACCUCCAGCAGUUAGUCAGUGAAUCAUUUUUUGUGUUGAUAUUUAAAAAGUAAUCCACUGAUUUGACAUUGCACUUCUAUAGCGAUUGUGAUGGACAGUUUAAAAGAAGGAUCAUCAUUUAUGCAAUGGAACCAAAGACAUUGCCAUUUUGCCUUGUCAAAAUCUGCACCUGUUACCCACAGUGCAAUUCAACUGCCUGUAGUUUGGUUAUAGAUUUGCAUGUGAUCACUGGAGGCAGUUUAUCAGACUCCUUCUGUAGCCGCAAAAGGGUUUUUGUAACUUUUUUUCACGUUUGCAAUUCAGAGUUCCCCUUUAAGUCUAAUGAUGAAGAUCUUCAGCAGAGAGGGUCUUACUAAUGUUUUCAGGCCUUUUCAUUUAUUGAGGAGGGUUUUUUCCCUCCAGUUUAUGUGAUGGUAUGUUGGAUACAGUACCGAGGGCUUCUUACUGUCAUCAUUUAGAAAUGAAAAUCACUGACUUACAGGAUGGUGUUGUGUAAGGAAACUACACUUUGUAGAUCAGUGUAAUGCUGUCUAUGAAAACAGGGAUGUGGCAAAACAGAACUAAAGCUUGACUAAUACAUCUGGAUGGCAGCCCGUAUACUGGACAAUAAAUAGCAGCAUUUGAGGUAAUUUAGAAACCGUGUCACUGUUACCUGGUUUGUCAACUAGAGAGCACUGACAAGUUUAGUUUUCAACUUAUACAAUGACCUGUUCAGUGUUGCAUCCUAGGCACACACAAAUCUGAGGGAUCCUCAUUAAAGAUGUGUUUAUAAUAAGAGAAGAACAUUAGUUAACUUCUCCUUCUCAGAUUACCCUUAAACAGGAGCAUUAGGCUCAGCUGAAAAAGAUCUAGUGCAAUAACAGAAAUUUAGAAUUAGUGCAAAUUAGAGACAGUUUUAAGACUGAUGCUGAUACUGAUCUUGAUUUCUGAGUUUCAAUAGCCAAUAGCCGUAUAUUAUUAUUAAAGAAUUGGACCUAAGAUAUGUACUUACCAGGACAUUUUAGACUUGAAAAAUGAACUGGUCUGCUGUCAAACUGUAAUGGUGACACUAUUUCUAAACUUCAUAUAUGCUUAUAUAUACACAUAAGUUCAUACUUGAGUUUAGUCUCAACUUGAUUUGCGUUCAGAAGCCUCUUAGAUCUUAUUUCAGCUCUGGCAAAAUGUAAGUGAUACAGCAAUCGACAACCUGCGGGCAUGAACAACACUGUGUGAUGAUACAAAUUGGCAGUGCAUGAACAUGCACGCAGUGAGUCCCGUCUGCUGCAGCGUCUCGGCGGGCCGACCUCUGGGACAGAAGAAGCAAACAGGCUCCUUUAAUGAGCGGAGGGAGCUGCAGACCCUGUCCUGGAGGGAGCGCAUCGAGAGGGGUUACUAUGCCACCUGGAUACAGAGACACUGCACCGAGGCCGGUGGGACAGGCUGCUUGCUGGAAGGCGCCCUGUCCGAGCGUCACGUGGAUUCGUGGUAUGUUCUCGUCGGGGCUGCGCUCCCUGCUCUCAGAAACUCUGUUCUGCGAAGGAGGACUGUUAAACCACCUGAAUGAAGCCCUGAUGGACACAGAAGUAGACUGGACUCGUGUACCUCCCUGUGACUCUUGCCGUGUGGUUUGUGCAGCCUCCAUCUUGUCCAGCAUCACAGGUAUUUGCGCCUUCAAAGGCAACAGUGAUGGGAACAAAGAAAAGAGACAGUGUCUGGUGUUUGGCAGCCGCUCAGUGUGGGGUGCUUGUGAGAGCCAAUUUGGGGAUUUAGUCUUAACGUUUUCUGCAGAGCCUUCAUUUGCUCAAAGGGGCUGCAUCACGCUGCACGACGGGGAGCCGCUGUACCAGCAGGAGCUCUUAGGUUGUGUUGUGUUUUCCCUGCAGACCCUGAGCUCGGGGGAUGCCCUGCUGCUGCCUGUGUUUUCUGCCCUCACCCGUGUCACAGCAGCUCUUGUACUCUGCCUGCAUGUGUGUUUUCGCUCAGUCACGUUUAGGUGUCCGCCCCCCUCCGGCGCAGUCGGGACGGUGCUUGUGUGUGUCGGUUUCUGCCCUGAAGCUGCUGCUCGGAUACUCCCUCUUCUCACCGACGUCCACCACUGCAUGAGUCAGCUGUUGCGGGGGGAGGAGGGUAAGAGUCAGUCUUGUGGCAGUGACAGACAGGUGCUGCAGUUUGUUCCCAUGGAGGAACUGCUCACUGGAGGACUGACUGAGUUCCUGUGGACCAUGAACUCUGAAAUCAUCCAACAGAAGCUGCAUCUGCUCAUGCAAACAUAGUGCAGGUUAUUGAGCUGUGGCUCUCAUUUUGUUACAGUCUGUUUUAUUCUUGUUGAAGCAGCAGCUGCAACUGCAUGAACCUCCAGCAGUUAGUCAAUGAAUCAUUUUUUGUGUUGAUAUUUAAAAAGUAAUCCACUGAUUUGACAUUGCACUUCUAUAGCGAUUGUGAUGGACAGUUUAAAAGAAGGAUCAUCAUUUAUGCAAUGGAACCAAAGACAUUGCCAUUUUGCCUUGUCAAAAUCUGCACCUGUUACCCACAGUGCAAUUCAACUGCCUGUAGUUUGGUUAUAGAUUUGCAUGUGAUCACUGGAGGCAGUUUAUCAGACUCCUUCUGUAGCCGCAAAAGGGUUUUUGUAACUUUUUUUCACGUUUGCAAUUCAGAGUUCCCCUUUAAGUCUAAUGAUGAAGAUCUUCAGCAGAGAGGGUCUUACUAAUGUUUUCAGGCCUUUUCAUUUAUUGAGGAGGGUUUUUUCCCUCCAGUUUAUGUGAUGGUAUGUUGGAUACAGUACCAAGGGCUUCUUACUGUCAUCAUUUAGAAAUGAAAAUCACUGACUUACAGGAUGGUGUUGUGUAAGGAAACUACACUUUGUAGAUCAGUGUAAUGCUGUCUAUGAAAACAGGGAUGUGGCAAAACAGAACUAAAGCUUGACUAAUACA